CCCUUGCUCCUUACCCUCUUGGGCUGUACUGCUUGUGCUUCUCCGGCGAGGUAGCUUUGUGGGUUUUUUUUCAUUGAGCUGCACCGUAAAAUAACUGUUCAGGAUGGCGGUGUGUUGUUUCUCCGGCAACUGUUUUUGUUGAUUUGCCAUGAUGUGCGUGUUUAUGUGAUUUCCGGUGUACUACAUCAUGGGUAAAGUCCAGAGCAAGCAAGGUGACUGCAUUGUUGUGAACGCACAUUUCAACCCAGUCUGCCAGCUGGAUGAUGACCUUCAAGGGCAGAAACCACAGGCACAAAAGUUUGCAUGUUCGGAACUUUCACUCUCACUUUGUGAUGAUGCAAAUUGCAAGCCAAAUGCAAGUUUCCAGGAUGAAAAGUAUCCACUGCAUGAGGAAGAUGGCAGCAUAGGCAGCACAGAGAAGACCACAUCACCUUCUGCAACAGAGGAGGAGGAACAGCCAGAAAAAGCGGAGGAGGAGAAAAGUGAAAAGGAGGAGAAAGAGAGUAGCAGAAUACCUAAGCUCUCUUGUAAUAUGUCUUUGGAAGAUGAAGAGAAACAAGAAUUCUGUUUCACCCUCUAUGAUUUCAAUGGCCAUGGGAAGGUCACAAAAGAUGACGUGGUUGGUCUUGUGCGAUCAAUCUACGAUGCGCUUGGGAAAAAAAGUUUACCAAAAUCCGGAAGUCGAACCAUCAAAGUUCGCUUGGCUAUCAGUCCCGACGAUGGAUGCGAAGACAAGAGAGAUGUUGCAGAAGGUGAACCUUUGCAUCUUCAUUCUGAAAGGAGAGCAUCGUCUGAAUCCUCCAGAAACAACAGCAUGACGACAGCAUCUACACUGCUCACAGACAGUGUUACGGUUGCCUCUAAGAAACAUGAGUCUCGUUCAUCUGCAACUAAUCGGAAGGUAGCACCACAUGUUGCCUAUAACUCCGGGAGUGGAAGCAGUUGUAAAAACAACGGAGGUGGGCAUUGCUCCCCAGUUGCAAGUAGGUCACGGAGGUUCAAGUCCAGUUCCUUUCAACGUCAAGAGCUUAUUCAGUGGUUGAGAGAAAGUGCUGAAAAAGCAAGUCAUGAAUCAGCUGCUGUGCAUGACAAUUGGAAGCAUCAGCAGUGCCAAUUUAAGCAUAGUGAACACGUCAGCAGCAGUGCUCAUCCGCGGCUUCGUGUGCCACGUCCAGCAACUCCCGUGGACUCACCCACGUGCCCCUAUCGGCUGCUGGAUCACACGCAUGACUGUGGUGCAAGUAGUUCAUCACAUAUACCAUCGUACCUAAAUCGUCAUCAUCGACAACGAUCUCAGUCACAAGAGGAGGAGGCUUCACCCAGGCAUGGUCCCUGUCGGGGACCGUGCCGAGGUUCGCCAGGCUCGCAUCACCAUUACCGCCACAGAGAACGAGACCUCGAACGGCAGAGGGCCAUGCGCCAGGUUGCUAGCUGGAUUGAACGGGAGCACUUGGGAAAAGGUUUGGACCACGGGCGUGCAGGAAGAGUGGUUGUGGAACGACACGAACAUCAUCACUUGCAUGAACAUGUUCAUCAUCAUUACCAUCAUUAUGUGGACUGACAUGUAUGCUGAAUGGGUUUGAACUAAUACUGUACCCAUGUGGCUCUGUGCCUACUGUGGACCCUCUCUGUUGCAAGGGCAGAAUAAGUGGUCUCUGUCUUUGCAGUAUUCCUCAUGGAAGUGGUUAUCAUUGCUAUAGGUUAGGUCUUUAGCCAUGCAAAAUUGUAUCCUGCAGUAAAAUCAUAAGUUACGCCAAUUUAAAAGUGUGGCAUGGACCGGGAUGCUACAUGUG